CUCUCUCUCUCUCUCUCUCUCUCGUUCUCACUUCUCGUCCAUUACCCCCGAACGCUACUUUUCAUCUCUCAACUCUUCAUCUCUCUUACAUCUUUCUAUCAAUCUUUGAGAAGAUCUGUAUUGUUUGUAUAAUUAUUGUUGUAGAUUGUCGAUAAAAUCGAACGUAGACGGAGCUUUGAGAAUCGGAGAAUGUCGAGUUCGACGACGAGCAAUGUCUACGUCCAAGUAAUCGAAGACGUCAUCAACAAGGUCCGUGAGGAGUUCGUCAACAACGGGGGUGCUGGCGAGAGUGUCCUCAACGAGCUUCAAGGACUAUGGGAGCUGAAAAUGGUGCAAGCGGGUGCUAUAUUAGGUCCGAUAGACAGGUCUUCGGGGCCUAAGCCGACACCAGGGGGUGCGAUUACCCCUGUUCAUGAUCUUAAUGUGCCUUAUGAAGGUACCGAGGAGUUCGAAACUCCCACUGCUGAUUUACUCUUUCCUCCUACGCCAUUGCAGACUCCCAUGCAAACGCCUCUACCAGGAACUGCUCAGACUCCUUUGCCGGGAACAGCCCCAACUCCAUCACCGGGGACAGCGGAUAAUUCAAUGUAUAACAUUCCGACUGGUAGCACUCCUAUAACCCCUAACGACUAUCCUACUGUGACCGACAAUGGUGGAGUUACUGAUAUGAGAGCUGGGAGACCUAGUCCGUACAUGGUAGACACUUGA